AUGUCAUCGACGACUACACCAUGCGCUGCAUGCAAGUUCCUUCGUCGGAAGUGCACCCCGGAGUGCAUUUUUGCACCGUACUUCCCAGCGAACAACCCACAGCUCUUCGAAUAUGUCCACCGCGUCUUCGGUGCCAGCAACGUCGGCAAGAUCCUCAACGAGCUACCUCCAUCCCAGCGCGAGGAAGCGGUGAAGUCUCUUGCGUUUGAGGCGGAGGCACGCCUCUGCGACCCGGUCUAUGGCUGCACCCUCCAAGUCUGCAUCCUCCAGAAGAUACUCCGCCAGAGAUGUGCCCUCCUCGCUAACGCCAAGAGAGAACUUAGCGCCUACAUCAACCCACAAGCCAUUCAAGGUCCAUUCAACCUUCAGGAAAAGCCUCUGUCUUCACCUGCCGCCCAUGUAGGCCCUCCCUGCAGCCCGAAUGUUGUACAGUAUUCACCCAUUUUAGGCCCAUCCUACGGUCCAGAUGUUGUACAGUCUUCAGCCCAUUUGGGCCAAUCUGACGGCCCAGAUGAUGCACCGUUUUUUAUGCCAGCUAUGCAGCAUAAUGGGUCAUUGGGUGGUGGUGCUGCUGACCCGCAGCUGGACACAGGGCAGCAAGAGUUGUUGGAGGCCCAACAACUUGCUGCUGCUGCGGCAAUCCGAGAACAACAGCAAGCUAUAAUGAUGAGGAAUUAUGUCCAGCAACAGCAACAGGAGUAUCUAAGACACAAUGCUGCUGCUGGGAUUGAACCUGUUGCGGCUGCGGCGGCCUACAGCGGUGACGUAAGUGGAAAUGGAGUGUUUGGCCACAUGGGUGCACCUUCAGGCGGUCAAGGAGGUGAGAUGGCACCUUGUAUGGGUUUGGAGACAUUUGACAGUAGUGGAAGUUAUCAUCGACAGUUGCAACUACAGCCACAGCAUGGAGUAGGGGAAAAUUUCGUUGGUCUUGCAACUCAACAUCACUACCCUCUUGGGGGCCAGUUGUUGCUCCCAUCAGAGCAGCAAGAACUACCGUUGACCCAACCACAACAACAACUAGAACUACAAGUAUUACAACAACAGCAGCAACUACAAGUAUUACAACAACAGCAGCAGCAACUACAACAACAACAACUGUCAGAGUGA